AUGAGAAGUUCCAAUCUUGUUCUGUUAAUUCUUUCAACUGUAACUCAAGUUCAGGCGGAACGCGUCCGACGCCAAUGUGGUUGUGUACAACAGCAACCGCUACGAUGCGCUUGUUCGCCUACGCAAAGUCAGCAGAUUUGUGCCUGUACACCCUACAGUCCCUGCGCCUGUUCAAGCAGCACACCAUCAUGUUCUGCUCCAUGCCAGCAACAGUGCAUCAACUCAUGUUUGCAGUCUUCGCCUUCUUUUUUGUGUCAGAUCACCUGUCAGCGGACAUGCGAUGUGGCUUGCAGUGGUAAACAACUCUACAACUCAGCACCGAUCGUUAACACUCGUGUACCGCAGCCACUCGCGGUGGUCGUUAAACCUACAAGCGGCCUAGGAUGUUCUAACGACUGUAACAAUAAAUGCACCACUGCUUGCAUUUCUCUACGGUACGGUAGCGCUCAGUGUUCGGAUUCGUGCCGAAUAUCGUGUGGACGAGUUUGCGAUAAAACAUCUGCAACUUUUGAACCAGCUAGGGCGGACGUAGAUCUAGGCGUUAAACCACCAACAAACUGUUUGUCAACAUGCAGCCAAGCCUGUCAGAGUUCAUGCAAUCCAACAAUCUCAUCCUCACAAUGUCAAGCCACUUGCGAUUCGACAUGUAUAGGAUUGUGCCCAAAUCCUGUAACCACACCGACGCCUACGCUGGUUACGCUCGAACCAAUAACAUAUCCGACAACGCUGGAGCCGUCAACAGUGGAAGUCAAGGAGACAACAACUGCUCCCCCUGUACAACAGCAAACACCAGAGCCUUUGAAAAUUAACAUUAAGCUUCUUCCGCCAACCUACCUCAGUCCCCAAUUUCCACAAUCUGCUCUCAUCACGCCAUCGCCGUUCUUACAAUGUCUACGCCAAUGCGAUAUCGGUUGUCAACAGAGUUGUCGGCAACGAACACCUCCUCCUAGUGAAGGUUGCGAUGCAAGUUGUGUCAACACGUGUAACUACGUGUGCGCUCCUUCGCAACCUGCACAAAUGACUGCAAACGAUGUGUCAACAUUCCCCGUUCGGUUGGAUCCGAAGCAACGAUGCUCGUCUGAAUGCCAGUCCGUUUGUCAUUUGGCUUGCACGAGUCGUUUACCAUCGAAUCAGUGUGCAGACUCUUGCGUACCACAGUGUGAUCGCGCAUGUGCGUCACCACAGAUUCAAAAGAACUCGGCAGAUCUAUUCGCACAAAAUCCAGAUCUGAUCAGUUCACUAACGGAGACAUCAACCACAUCACCGCCCGUCGACGUCAUCACAACUACUGAAUCUCCGCUAAAAAUCAACAUUGUGUUUGAGCCAACCACACCGUCGCCUCCGACGUUACAGUUCUCCAGAAUGGCUGUUGAAGAGUGCUCAAAAGCUUGUAGCACGGCUUGCGCACGGCAGUGCCGCGGCAACUCGAAUGCCUAUUGCAGUGCUAUCUGUAAAAUUCAGUGCUACAAGGAAAUUUGUCCAAAAUCCAACGACAAUAGAUCCUCUUAG